CAGGAAGCGACCCAGAAACCACGUCUCCAAAAAUAACGCGGCCUCCGUGCCUCACCUCUUCUUCGCCUUCCCCUCGCUCUUCCUCCUCUCCGUACUUCCCGCUCCUUCCCUCCUCCUGAUUUGACCGCAUCCUCCCCCUUAUCUCUCCUUCCUCUCUGCUCCACCCACCACACGCAGCAUCAGAGAGCGGUCGAGAGGCAGAGACUGACCGAUGUCAAUGUGGCGCGUCUCCCGCUCCCUCCUCCGCGCCGCCUCGGCCUCGGCCUCGGCGGCCGGGCGCGGCGCCGCCGCUUCCCGCCGGUGCCCCCCGCCGCCAUACGCCCUCCAGCGCCGCUGCAGCUACGCGUCUCUCCCGGCGGCGGAGGCGGCCGCGGGGAAGGACGGGGAGGUGGAGGUGGAGGUGACGGCGGCGGAGGCGAGGCGGCUGAUGCGGCUGGCCAACGUGGAGGCGCUCAAGCGGCGGCUAGGGGACGGGGAGGUGAUCCCGUACGCGGACCUGCUGCGCGCGUGCGAGGAGGCCGGCGCGGCCCGGACGCGCGCCGAGGCCGCCGCUCUCGCGGGCGCGCUGGACGAGGCCGGCGUCGUGCUGCUCUUCCGCGACAAGGUCUACCUACAACCCGACAAGAUUGUGGAUCUUGUACGUAAAGCUAUGCCCCUUGCACUGACACCUGAGAGUGAUCCAAGGAAAGAGGAGCUCAAGCAGCUCCAGACACAGUUGGAAGAGAUCAACAAGCUCGCACACAAGCAAGUCCGGCGAAUCCUCUGGUCUGGUCUGGGCUUUUUGAUCACCCAGGUGGGUCUCUUCUUCAGGCUCACGUUCUGGGAGUUCUCUUGGGAUGUCAUGGAGCCCAUCACAUUCUUCACAACUACAACGGGCCUGGUUGUGGGGUACGCGUACUUCCUCAUCACAUCAAGGGACCCAACCUACCGAGACUUCAUGGAGAGAAUGUUCGAGUCUCGGCAGAGGAAGUUGAUUCAGAGACAGAAUUACAACCUGGACAGGUACCUGGAACUCCAGAGGUGCUGCAAGGAUCCUUUGGAGAAGGUGUGCGGUACAAGCCACUCUUCCAACCCUGACAUCGCUCAUCUCCAUGAGUUGUCCAUUCACAAAUGACAACAAUUCACCAUUGCCUCGUUACUUCUCAUUCUCUUGGAGUAAUAUCAAGAAAGCACUACUAGCAAACGUAACCGGUGUUUCUUGCACUUGUGAGAUAGACCUACUUCCUUCCUUUAGGACCUUCUUUGCGGUCUUCUCCUAUGCAAAUGUGUAGGUCAGCACAAUCCUUUUUGUAGCAAUGCUGAAGCACAAGCACCUGAUAGUUGAAAGGCAAGCUAAUUUGUAUGACCAGACGCUUACCCACUACCGAGAGCUGUGUAACUCUGCAGUCUCUGCUAAUAUAGAACUAUUUUCUUGUGACUAAUUA